AUGGCAAAUUCUGCAGAGCCAACAGCGGCCCACGAACCUCCUUAUAGAUUCGUUCCUGGGCAGGGGUAUGAGAUAUACGAUGGUGACCCUUCACAGGUAUCCAAGUCGAAUGUCAUCACAGACGAUCUGAAAGAGACAGAUGAGGAUCUAGAGGAUGUAUUUGCAGACGAGGAUGUCGACGACGAGUAUCUUGCUUCUCAUGACUCAUCUGACUUCACAAAGAUCUAUAACAGGCAAAGACGCCUACAAGAGACCGCCGCUGAUCCCCAAGCUCCAAAGUCUUCCUUCCCAAAAGCCAAUCCCCAAAAGCCAACCGCCAACACGAUCGCCUCAAUAGACGAUCAAGUAUCAUCUCUGUCUCGACAUGCUGCCAAAAUUAGGCUGGACAAUCAGCAGUCUGGCCUUGGGGCUGUCCGUAGCAGAGGUGCGGAAAAGAGCGAUAGAGCUACGAAUGAGCAAGUUCUUGAUCCGAGGACGAGGAUGAUUCUCUUGCAGAUGAUCAACCGCAAUACGGUAUCGGAGGUAAAUGGCUGUAUCUCGACUGGUAAAGAAGCAAACGUCUAUCAUGCAUUUUCUACUCUCCCAAAUGAUGAUCAGAAUGCUAGCUCCAUCUGCACACAGAGAGCAAUAAAAGUCUUCAAAACGAGCAUACUUGUUUUCAAGGAUAGGGACAAGUACGUGACAGGCGAGUACAGAUUCAAGUCGGGUUACAAUAAGAGCAAUAAUCGGGCAAUGGUCAAGGUUUGGGCAGAGAAAGAGUUCAGGAAUCUCAAAAGAAUCUAUGCUGCUGGGAUUCCAUGUCCUGAACCAGUGCAACUACGUCUCCAUGUGCUUGUGAUGGGCUUCUUGGGUAACAGCAAAGGUACACCAGCCCCUAGGUUGAAAGAUGUCGAGCUGGUGGGAGAUGAUGUUGAAACUCGUUGGAAGGCAUUGUAUUUGCAGCUACUGCGCUAUAUACGGAUGCUAUUCCAGACUUGUAGGCUGGUGCAUGCCGAUCUCAGCGAGUACAAUAUUUUGUGUCAUGACGAUCAAUUAUAUCUCAUUGAUGUUAGUCAAAGCGUCGAGCAUGAUCAUCCUCGAAGCCUUGAAUUUCUUCGAAUGGACAUCAAAAAUGUUACCGAAUACUUCCGCAAGCAAGGCGUCGAAACUUUGUCGGAAAAAGCGGUUUUCGGUUUUGUGACUGCCGUCGAGGGAUCUAUGGACAAUGACUGCAUUGCCGCCUCUCUUGACACCCUUUACGCAGCCAGGAACAACGAUGAUUCUGAAACUGGGAAUGCCGAUGUUGAUCAAGAAGUCUUUCGUAACCAAUAUAUGCCGCAGACGCUCGAGCAAGUAUAUGAUGUGGAACGUGACGCAAAUGAAGUUGCCGAGGGAAGUCAAGGCAGUCUAGUCUAUGGCGGCCUGCUUGCAGACAAGAUUAGCAAGGACUACGAGCAUGAAGCAGUUUCUGAUAGGUCCGAUCUUUCUGACAGCGAUUCGGAAUCUACGAAGCAAGACCAUAUCGAAUUCGACAAAGAAAGACCGAGGGGUAAGCGUUUCAUCGAAAAGGACGUAAGAAAGGAGCAUAAGCAACAAGUCAAGGAAGAGAAGCGAGCCCAACGAGAGACCAAAAUACCCAAACAUGUCAAGAAGAAGAUGAUCAAAAGCUCCACAAGGCACAAACACAAAUAG